UUACGCAAUAUUUGGAUUUUUUAUUGUCAGUUUCUGCAAAAGUCGUGCAGCGUAUAAAAUUGUUUUCUCGAAAACGAUUGGUCGAAUGCUGCCAGUGGGCGGGGUUUCGUCGAAGCCGGAGGAAGUUUGUUUUGGUAGACGCGGUCACGUUUAAGUUCACUGGGGACUGACCGAAGGGACGUGAAGAGGCUGAAGCGCAGCAGUCGAGGUGACACAUAACGUGAGAUCUUCAGAAUGCCAACUGAAGGGCAGCCCACAGACUUGGUGAAAGUUGCACACCUGCUGAUCCUGUCGGCCUGCUGGGGAAUGCAGCUGUGGGUCACAUUUGUAGCAGGUUUUGUGAUGGCGGCUGGUGUGUCCCGCCAUACCUUUGGUCAGGUCCAGAGCAAGCUGUUCCCGUUUUAUUUCUAUGGCGUGCUGGGCUCGUCCUUCCUUAACUUGGCCAUCUAUGCUGUGUAUCAUCCCAGAGAACUUCUGGACACCCAUGAGUCAGUGCAGAUUGGCCUGUUUUUUGCGUCUGUGGUCCUUGCAGGCCUCAAUGCCCAGUGGUUUGGUCAGACGGUGACAGACACAAUGAUGCAGAUGCAGGAAAUUGAGAAGGAGCACCGCCUCGGAGAUGAAGUGGGAAUGAAGGCCAAGAAAGAAGCCUACAAGACCCUCCAGGAGAAGGACCCCAAAUACAAGAGUCUGCGCAGCACCUUCUUCCGCUACCACGGCCUCUCGUCCCUCUGUAACUUGCUGUGUGUGUUGUGUACGGGUGCUAACCUCUGUUACACAGCUCUUAACCUUCAGACCAUUUGAGGGGCUUUCCUUAGGUGCGCAUAUAGUCUUGAUCAUCUUACCUACUGACUAAAAACUGAGGCAGUGCGGCGAUUCAAUCCACUCUCUAACACUACAGUUCAGAUUCUCAAAUUAUAAAUAUAAGUUGUUUCAUUUGCUGACUUUGAAGUUGAAAUUUCAAAAGCCGGGAUACACUACUUAGGAAAUGUUUUCUAUGACUUCAUCUAUUCACUAGAUUGCAGCAAGUUAAUUGGGGGGAAAAGAACAUAGUAAAUAUUAGCCUAUUGCAGUAUCAUAUACUAUUUUUCAUCUACAGGUUGUAUGUACUAACAUAGAAACAUCUUUUUAGAGACACUCAUUUGUGGUUCAGGCCCAGUCUACUGAAUACAGAAUGCUAAUCUUGGGAUUUGGUAAGACGCCCCCCAACACAAGACGAAUGACAGAUGCAGUAGGAGUGUGCCAUUACCUUAAAACCGCGCCACACGUCACAGAAUUGUUGGGAUGUAGUUGUCCAUUUCUUGACUGAACCAAUUUUUUCCAUUUCAGAAUCAAAAGGCCCCAGAAAGUAACUUGGGGGCCAAAAAAAAAAACCCAAAGUGGCCCAGCAUGAAGUGUCCUGGUUAGACUGGUGAUUGUCGGCAUGGAGUCUGUAUGUUCUCCUGUGUCUUCUGGGCUUUCCUUCCACAUCUUAACGAUGGUUCUGUUCUAGCAGAGACUGCGCCAUGUAAAGGACUUGCCUGUCGUUCAGGUUUGGUUCAACAGUGUGGUCAACAUUGGAUUUCACUCUCUCUGAAGCUAUACUGCUUGAGGAACUUGACAAAUCUUCAAAUGAAACAUUAAAAUGACCGCUAAACAUAAGAGAUCAAUUUUUGCAUUCAGAGAUAUGAGAGAACAAUCUAAAUUUUCAAAUAAUGUCCAUAUCUUCUUUUAUGUCAUAAAAUUAAAGAUCUGUAGACAACCAUCACAGACCAUAAAUGGUGGGGGACAUUCAGCUGAAGAACUGCUAGUGUCGUUUUGGCCUGGAUAACAGACAAGACCAUCAAACCUGCUCCUUUUAGGCCCAAAUCGGCCCCUGUGUCCGGGGAGCAGCUGUCAUGGUGGUAGUGGUGGUGAGGUUAGAGCAUCCACUCACCUGUAACGGUGAAACUUAAAGAUCAAUGGGUUGUCGUCCCACUGAGCUAACGUCGUUCUGUAUUUAAAUGCUGUGAGGGAGGCCGCACUGCUGUCGUACAACAUGUCAGCCAUAGCUGACGAUGCCUCUGCUGUGGCGCUGCCAGGCCUCUCUAUGUUCACAUGGAGUUCCUACAACAUUCCAGCCAUGUGCUGCCAGGUCAGGUGAAGGACUAAAAUGCAAACCCAUCAACUUCAUUAAAGUAUCUGUGGAAGAGGUUUUAAUAUGUGCAGCACUCCUAAUCUGAAUUUUUGAAAUAAGAGAAAAUAUUUUUUGAUGCAAAACUAAAGCAGUAACAUUAUGUACGUGGUAAAGAUUAUCUAGCCAGGGAGUGGCAAGUCCCAUUUAAUUUAAAUGUAGACAAAUGAAUUUCAAAACCAAGCCAUCAAUCAAUGGGUCACCAUUUACUGGACUGUUGUGAAUGAGCGUGCGUUUAUGGGAGCUCCCACUGACUAACACAACUGCGUUAUUUAACGUAUUGGGUAAUCUAAAGCCAGUUCUUGGUUUGUAUGGCUCUAGCAGACUCCUCUAGGCUCCAAACAGGUCUCUGGGAUGUAGAAACCCCCAUGACCAAGGAGAGGGUGUGCAAACCACAAAUACAAGUCAGACAGUUUAAUUCAUAAUACAGAAAGGUGCUUUUUUAUAAACACACAUUGUUUAAUGAUUAUUUUGAGAGACCAUUUCAUUAGCGCGUCGGGUUUACUCACAAGGCCCAUUAAAAAACUAAAGCCUCUUGACGGCUUGCUGCAAGCUGGUCCAUAAAUUAGGCCUUUUGGGUCUGCUCUCCUAAGCGAGUGGAUAUAUAAAGGUAGUGCCUGCCUGUAAACUGGGCCAUUGACUUAAAGCUGCAGAAAUUAAAUGCUGUGAAACACAUUAGCUUUUUUUUCCUGGUGUGGUAUUGUUUAUUUUUCAGAUAUUUCU